AUGCCAAUGAUUAUCCCUACUGCUGCCUUAAGAUCGACCUUGUUAAGAUCUGCUACUUUCAGAAUAGUGCCUCUAUCUGCUAGAGUGAUGCCCUGUGCAUGGACCAAAGUAAAUUCUAUAAGUCAAACCAAAUCAUUACAUAACUCUGCAAGAUUAUGGUCCAAAAAAGUUGCUGUUAGUGAAGGAUCCAACAUCCAAGAACAAGCUGAUCCAGAACACGAUUUGGAAGAAACUUUUGAAGAAUUCACUGCUAGAUUCGAAAAGGAAUUCGAAGCUGCUUAUGAUUUAUUCGAAGUCCAAAGAGUCUUGAACAACUGUUUCUCGUAUGAUUUAGUACCCGCCCCAGCUGUAUUGGAAAAGGCUUUGAGAGCUGCAAGAAGAGUCAAUGAUUUGCCCACUGCCAUUAGAGUUUUCGAAGCUUUGAAAUUCAAAGUUGAUAACGAACAACAAUAUAAAGCUUAUUUAGAUGAAUUGGCUGAUAUCAGAAAAGAAUUGGGUGUUCCAUUGAAGGAAGAUUUGUUCCCAAACGGUGAGCCAGAGACUGUCUUAGCAAAACAACCAUAA